UUGAAACCUAACCUCAAUUAGUGACGUUUUUUUUUUCAAGUAAAAUUAACAUUUUUGCAUUUUCCUAAAUUAAUUAACAUCUAAAUUGAUUUUUACCAUUUUCAAUAGCUGCAAAAAUGGGUCAAGAACCAUUAACCCCCGACGAAAAAUACAACUUGAUAUCCAGGAACCUACAAGAAGUCCUAGGCGAAGACAAAAUCAAAACAAUCCUGAAAGAACGAGACCUCAAAAUCUAUUGGGGUACUGCCACUACCGGCAAGCCCCAUGUAGCCUAUUUUGUGCCCAUGUCUAAAAUUGCUGAUUUUUUAAGAGCUGGAGCAGAAGUAACCAUCCUAUUUGCUGAUCUACACGCGUAUUUGGACAACAUGAAAGCCCCCUGGGAUUUAUUAACACUCCGCACUCAGUAUUAUGAGCACAGCAUUAAAUCCAUGCUUCGUAGUAUUGGAGUGCCAUUAGAAAAGCUAAAAUUUGUCAAAGGCACUGAAUAUCAACUUUCUAAAGAAUACACUUUGGAUGUUUAUAGAUUGACUUCAGUCGUGACUGAGCAUGAUGCUAAAAAAGCUGGAGCUGAAGUAGUCAAACAAGUAGACCAUCCUUUAUUGAGUGGUUUAUUGUAUCCAGGACUUCAAGCUUUAGAUGAGGAAUAUUUGAAGGUGGAUGCUCAAUUUGGUGGUGUAGACCAGAGAAAAAUUUUCACUUUUUCUGAAAAAUACUUGCCUCAAUUGGGCUACACCAAAAGAGCGCAUUUAAUGAACCCAAUGGUUCCUGGUUUGACGGGCACUAAAAUGUCUUCUUCAGAAGAAGACAGUAAAAUUGACCUACUAGACUCUCCAGCUAAUGUUAAGAAGAAGUUGAAAAAGGCUUUUUGCGAACCUGGCAACAUCGAGAACAAUGGGGUAUUGUCUUUUGUAAAGCAUGUAGUUUUUCCAUUGUUUGAUCAAAAUGAUGGAUUUGUAAUUAAGAGGAAUGCUGAAAAUGGGGGCGAUGUUAGUUUUAAGCAAUUUGAUGACUUGGAGCAAGCUUUUGCAAAACAGGAAAUCCAUCCUGCUGACUUAAAAGCAUCUGUAGAAGCUCAAAUCAAUAGACUAUUGGCUCCUAUAAUUAAGGACUUUGAGGCACCUGAACUAAAAAAACUAACUGAAAAAGCUUAUCCGCAACCUACAAAACAAAAGGGUGGCAAUCCAGUUGCGUCAUCAGAUGAAAUAACGCCAAGCAGGUUGGACAUAAGAAUAGGCAAAAUUGUUGAAGUAUCGAGACAUCCAGAUGCUGACGCCCUUUAUGUAGAAAAAAUUGAUUUAGGUGAAGAACAACCCAGAACUAUUGUUAGUGGCCUAGUUAAUUAUGUACCGGUAGAAGAAAUGGAAAAUAGAAUGGUUGUGGUUUUGUGUAAUCUUAAAGCUGCCAAAAUGAGGGGCAUUGAAAGCCAAGGGAUGGUUUUAUGUGCUUCUGUUGAUGAGCCUAAACAAGUAGAGCCUCUACUUGCACCAGAAGGUGCAAUUCCAGGUGAAAGAGUUUUCAUUGAAAAUUAUGAGAGCGGUUCUCCAGACACUGUUCUUAAUCCUAAGAAAAAAGUAUGGGAGAAGCUUCAAGUUGAUUUGAAAACCAAUUCGGAUUGUCUGGCACAUUGGCAAGGAAACAGUUUGCUUACAAAGUCUGGUGGAAAAAUACGUAGUAAAACUAUGAAGGGAGCUCCUAUUAAAUAAGAUGCAUUUUUUGAGAAUAGUUAAGAUCCAAUUUUUAUAUUUAUUUGCCUGAAAAAUGUUUUAAUACAAAUAUAUGUCUCUUUUUUCUUGAAUUGAAAUUUAUAUCUGGGUAAGUUGAGGUCCAUUUGAAGAAGAUCGUUUCAAUGACUAUUGGUAAGUGUCUCAAUAUUUUUAAGAGAUUAACAUGCAAGGUACUGGUAAGUGGUACUGAAAUUUCAUCGUUUUAGUACUGACCUUAUAAUUUAGAUUUUGAAAAACUUUGAAAGGUCAUAACUUUUUUCCUACUAUAGAUAGAAAGCUAAAAUUUUCAGCGAUUCUUAUCCCAGUAGAGGACUACAAUCCCUGAAAAUUUCAGCUCUUUUGAACUUAUAGUUCCAGAAAUAAAAUCUUGAUAGGCAAUUUGGGGUGAUUUAUCAAUUUUUCAAUUUUUCUGAGUGCC